AAGAAGAAAUGUUACAAUAAUACAACCCACACGCCUCACAUGCAUUUGUCUUUCUAACUAUUAUACACAUCGUACAUCUUUCUCCAAAUCGCUGCAUCUUCUAGAAUAGAACAUUUCCUCUCCUCUUUAGAUAAAGUAAUUGGAUUAUCCAGCUCUGAAAAUGUCUUACGUAUCAUCUGGUUCAGAUUUGUUCAUGUUUGAACCCUCAACUAAAAGAUCAUCAAAGGAACAAGUCACCUCUCACAAAGUGACCUUACUUGUUCUGCUUUAUGAAUUCCUAAAUGCUUAUGAGAAAAAGUCACAAAUUCGAGAACAGUACCAACAGAAUUUGGACCUCAAGGUGGAAAUGGAUUUUACUGAUGUAGAAGUGAAAGCUAUUCUUACAUUAAUAUUAGAUCUUUAUCAGGGACCUGAAAAGGCUCUUCGUGAUUUAAUUCCCCGUGUGAAGAAAGUGACAAAUGCAAAGUUGGCUGACAGAUUUACAGGAAGGUUGACUGUCAUAGCUGAAGGAGGAAUCCGAGCCCUCAAUGAGUUUUUUAAUCAAUUUACAGACGAUUUUUUGCAUUUCUCAGAAACAUUAAUGCAUAAAUCAUCAUUGUUCGGUCUGUUCGCCCGGAGGAUGAUGGUAACUUUCAACAUGUUAUCGUUGAGUGAAGUGGUCAACAUAUUCAACCGUUUUCAUGCUGAAAUGAUGAGUAUUACUGCUGAUAAAGAGAAAAAUUGUAGAGACUCAGUUGGUCCGGACGAUGCUUUCGGUCAGGGCAAGACACAACCACCCCCUGUGACGUAUAAAUCUCAAAAACAGGCAGAAUAUUACAUAGCCAACCAGGCAUUCCUCAUUCACCAUAAUGUCACUAAAGCUGCACCACCCAAUGAAUUACAAGAGCGGAUCAGAAACUUACUUAAAGAGAAUCCAAAUUUAGCAGAAGCUCACUUCUUGAGUUACUUAAACAACAUCCGUGUCAAGGAAUUCUGCACAGCUUCUCACAACCUCUAUCACUAUUUUGACCGAUAUGUCCUGCCGUCAGUGGACCAAAGCAAUGUCCAGCAGUUCAAAACUAAAGAGAAUAUUGAUGACAGCAACCGUCGUUAUGCUGCACUGAAUCUUGCAGCUUUGCACUUUAGUUUUGGACACAAAGAACAAGCUAUUGCAGCCUUACGAGAAGCCAUUCGUAUGGCUCAGGAAAAUAACGAUCACUUAUGUCUCCAGCACGCUUUGGUUUGGCUGCAUCGUCUUGGAGAUGAGGGAAGUGCUGAAACAGCAAAACUUAUGAAGAGACAAAUUUCUCUCCCAGCUUUGGCAUUGUUGAAUAUCCAGUCUCUUGCUAAGUACAAUGCAUUUGCUAAAAUGAAACCAGCCAAUGUCAUUGAAAGCAUGUUAUCCAAUAAUGUCCUGAGUAGUCAGUUCUCUCAUGGGGAGUUUGCUUGCAUCAGCCUUGCACAGAUUGCUGCUCUCUGGCAUACCUAUGGCAAGAGAGAAAAUUGUUCCCUUAUCAGCCAAUUGAUCCUCCAUCUAGACACGUCAGAUGCAGGAAUCUAUCGAAACGAGGAAUCAGUUUGUAUUGCCAUGUGUAACUUGGCCAGGCAUCAUUUUGAUCAGGGUAUGAUUGAUGUUGCUAUGGUGAUAGUGGAGGGUGCCAAAGAGAGAUUCCCAGCAAAUACUUCCUACGCCCAUAUAUGGAUGGCCACAGAACAGGAGAUGAAGUUUACGUUGGCUGUCUACAGCAACAAGUGGAGUGAUGCUGAGAUGGCAUUGGUCAACCUAAAGGCCGUGUGUGAAACAGAAGCAGAUAUCAGAUGUGGUAUUUUGUUAAAAGAAAGGGGCCAGGUCAACCAAGCCCUUACACACAUGCACCAACUUCUUGAGAAAUGUGAAAAAAACAGCAGUGAGACCACACCUUUCUAUACGUGUCGGGUGUUACUAGAACUUUCUGAUAUUCUACGGAAAUCAGGCAACCUGAGUAUAGCCAUAUUUUAUGUGUUACGUUGUAUCACAUUGGCCAGAGAUCACCAUUUCCAAUACAUCCUUAGUUUGGCCAUUAUGCAGUUGGCACAAAUACAGAUCUUGAUGGGAUUGCCUCAUCUUGCAAUUCCUAUUCUCGAGGAGCAAAUGAUGAACAUAUUGACCAAUGGCACUCUAGUGGACAAAGGCCGGAUGCUUUACUGUUACUCAAGAUGUACAGUGGCAGCUGCUAAAAAGAGCGAAGACCCUAAAGAAAUAAAAUCAGCUCUGAUGUCAGCCAUACGGCAAAUGUCCACAGUAAUUGAAUAUUUCCAAACUGUUGAAGCAUACAAGCUGCAAAAGGAUGCACUGUAUUACCAGUCCCGGAUAUGCGAGAGUUUGGGUUACACUGCUGAGAGGAAUAGAUACGCUCGGGAGUUCCGGCACCUAGACCAACUUUACCCAUCGGUCCAGAAAAUAGAUGUCACACUGUUGUAGAGACACACAGACUCACUGUUUGUCUCUCUUUGGUUGGAAAGGUUCCAUCAUUUUGAUAAUGGAUUGUUACUGGUUUGUUCCUUAGAUUUUUUUGCCAAUGUAAUGUGUGUGUAUAUAUAUAAUCAUGUGUGUAUACAUGUAUGUAUACAGAUUUCUGUAUAUAUGUGUAUGCAUGUAUAUGUGUGUUUAUAUCUGUUCAUACACAGACACACAUACAUUGGCUGUGAUAUGAUUUGAACCUUUAACACCUUCACCAACAGUUUUACACUUCAUCAUCUUGGGAAGCUGAGGCUGUCCAAAACACCACCACCUGAUUCCUACACAAGUCCCUUCCAUCCUCCAGAGGUGAAAACCUCUCAUCAGAGUCACUGAAUUUUUUUCUAAGUUGACAGAUUUUGACUGAUAUCAAAACUGAAGCCAGUCAGGCAACACUCUACUGACUGAAAGGUCAAUAGUUCAAAUCCCUGUCUUCUGUUCUUAUAAAUAUGGGUUAUUUGGAUGCCACUGAAGAAGACCCUUUCAGUCUUAAAGUAAGAAUUCAGCACAGGAGGAACCUAGCAGAACUGGGUUAUUUAUUGUCUUCUCCAGAUUCCAGGUAUUACAGGCUCAGUAGAACACUCAUCAAUUCAAUGCUUACACUGCUGCCCCUGCCUACAGCAAAGGGUUGUCGCUUUUUUCUUUGAAACCUAUUUACAACUAGGUGGACUGAGUCAUUUUAGAAUUGAGUGUCCUUGGCCACAGGCACAACACAGGGAGUGGUGAUAAACUACGAGCCAUAUGCAUCUCUGCUGGUUGUCCCAGUCUACCUAGUUGCAAAUAGGCACCACGAGUAGGUAAAGCCAUACAACUGUGUAAGUGAGUUGUGUGUUUUAUUAGUCUGUUGUGCCUAAAUUAAACAAAUAAUACACUUCAGAGAUUGAUAAACUCGAUCGAAGAUGUUAAACAAGUCUUCAGUGGUGCCUCUUAUAUCCAAACUGGUUCUGAGACUCGAUAUUCUCUGGAGGUGUCUUAGUAAACCCAAAGGAAGUAUUGAACUCAACUGAAUGAACAAAUGUUAAACUGUAAUUUUUCAAUAAAUGCUAAUAACAAAAA